GCCUCUAAAUGUGACUGUAGCUGCAGGCGCUGCUCAGUAGUUCAACCAGCAGCGACUCUAUCCCACACACACGACACGGCUCCGCCUCGCCUCCUGCAUCAGGACUGAUCCGAGACUUAACCAGAUCCAGAGCUCUCUGUGAUUUCAGACUAAAACCUCCAGAGAGAAUGUCCCUGUCCGGCUGGGUGUGUGUGGUGACAGGUGCCUCCAGAGGCAUUGGCAGGGGCAUAGCUCUCCAGCUGUCGGAGGCCGGAGCCACUGUGUACAUCACGGGCCGACAGGAGAAGACUCUGAAACAAACCGCUGCAGAGGUUAAGGAGAGGGGAGGAAACUGCGUGCCAGUUAUCUGUGACUCUACAAAUCAUGAAGACAUUGAAGAACUGUUCAACCAGAUCACACGGGAACAGAAUGGCAGGCUGGACAUCCUGGUUAACAAUGCCUACGCUGGAGUACAGGCUAUUUUCGAAAGUACAGGCAAGAAGUUCUGGGAAACUGACCCGUUGAUUUGGGAUUCCAUCAACAACACAGGCCUCAGGGGGCACUAUUUGUUCUCAGUUCAUGCAUCUCGGUUGAUGGUGGCUCAGGGUCGAGGUUUGAUCAUCACCAUUUCAUCAAUGGGAGGGCUUCGGUAUCUCUUCAAUGUGCCUUAUGGCGUUGGUAAAGCCGCGUGUGACAGGCUGGCAGCAGACAUGGCUGUUGAGCUGAGGAGUAGGGGGGUGGCCUCUGUCAGCCUGUGGCCGGGGGCAGUACAGACAGAGCUUAUUACUCAGAUGAUACUGGAGAAAGAUGCUGCACAGUCUUCAAAUUCUGAGUUGAAAAAGACAUUUGCCAACGGAGAAACCACAGAGCUGAGCGGGAGGUGUAUCGUCAACCUGGCCAAAGAUAAAAAUCUGAUGUCCCUGACUGGGAAGAUUAUAAUGACUUCGGACCUGGCAAGGCGCUAUGGGAUAAAAGAUGUUGAUGGUCGGAGUGUAGUUGAUUACACUUCCCUUAAAUUCCUCCUGACCCAGGUCCCAUAUCUCUCCUGGCUCUCAAGUGUAACCCCCUCAUUUCUACGCCUGCCACGCUUUGUGCUCACCCUGGCACACAGCCGGUUCUAAAUAAGUCCUCUACCAGUGAAGUGAAAGUGUAAAGCUGAUACUUUAUACAUCCGUUCCUUGAUUACUAAAUGAGUCUAUGAAGGAAAGAUGAAGAAUUCCCUCGCAUAAUUUCUGUAUUUUAACAGCACUAAUGUCAGCUGUGGGUGAAGCCACACAAUGUGAACCUGUGAAUUGUGAAUAAUAUUGAAUGUAAAGCAUUUGUAGGCUCUUGAAAACGUAUAAGGUCUGAAGCUUCACUCCACUGUAAAGCCCUUACAGAUGGUCCAGAGUGCAGCAGCGCAUCUGGUCUUCAAUCAGCCUAAAAGGGCACAUGUCCUUCUACUGCUCAUUGACCUCCACUGGCCAUGGCCGUCCAAAUUAAAUUCACGUCACUAUUGCUUGCCAGCAGACUGACUUCUGGAUCUGCACCCAUCCACUUGAACUCAAUCACACGGGCUUAUGCUCCUUCUCGGGCCCCAGCGAUCCUCGCCAUCCCUGCACAGAAGACACUCCCACUCCAGUCUGUUUUCAUUAAUGGUUCCCUGAUAGCAAGAGCACUUCCUUUCCUGACACCUCUAACACCCUUACUGGCACGUACACUGUGCCGUUUUUUUAACUGAUCUCCUUGCACUUUGUAUCAUUGAACAGAUUUUACACGUAGUGCUCAAUUCAACGUAUCUUAGAGUAAACACGUUUUAACACUGUCCUUGUGAUGUAAGGGACCUGUUUGCCAAAUGUGUAAAUACAUCUAUAACGCAUCUUAAAAACAUAGAGCUGUGUAUUUUUGCACCUGUUUUUACAUGUACUACUUAUAUUGCCAUAUCUUGUAAAUGCAGCACUGCUACAACUACUAUAACAGUGUCUGACCUUCAAAUAACAACUAGUUCGAUAAACCAAUAUUAACUCACUUCUGUUUACUGUUGUCAUUGCCAGAAAUACGUGUAAAACAACAUGUUCCUAAUAAAGAGAGUGGACUCCAUGGCAGGAAGCUAAA